CCUGAACUCGUCAAACAGAUUUGGCCUUCUUUUUUUUUGACGGUCAACGAGUCUCCAAACACUCAUCCAUUCGUUCAACCACCGGCUGCAUUCCCGGGAAAAUGACCGCGGAAGCAGCCAGCAGCCAUGGCGCCGACGUACAACAUCGCCAUGGUUAGCGAUUUCUUCUUCCCACAGCCAGGCGGCGUCGAGAGCCACAUCUACCAGUUGUCGUCCAAGCUGCGGGACCGGGGCCACAAGGUCAUCAUCAUCACGCACGCAUACAAGGGUCGGACCGGCGUGCGCUAUCUCACCAACGGCCUCAAGGUCUACCAUGUUCCCUUCUUUGUUCUCUACCGCUCGGCCAGUUUUCCCACCGUCUUCUCCUUCUUCCCCAUCUUCCGAAACAUCGUCAUUCGUGAGCGCAUCAACAUCGUCCACGGCCAUGCCUCUCUCAGCAGCCUAUGUCACGAGGCCAUCCUCCACGCCAGGACGAUGGGCCUGCGGACAGUGUAUACCGACCAUUCGCUCUUUGGCUUUGCCGAUGCCGCGAGCAUCUUUGCAAAUAAGAUUCUCAAGUUCAGCCUCAGCGAUGUGGACCAUGUCAUCUGUGUGAGCCACACAUGCAAGGAGAACACCGUCCUUCGCGCCUCUCUCGACCCGCUUAUGGUCUCCGUCAUCCCCAACGCCGUCGUGGCGGAGAACUUCAAGCCGCUCGACUACGCCGAGGCCUCCUCGCGCUCCUUCACUUCCCGCCACCCACCCCCGGCCCGCCCGCCCGGACCGCACGACAUGAUUACCAUCGUCGUCAUCUCGCGCCUUUUCUACAAUAAGGGCACCGACCUGCUGACCGCCGCGAUCCCGCGCAUCCUCCAGAACCACCCGCACACCCGCUUCAUCAUCGCCGGCGACGGGCCCAAGGCCAUCGACCUCGAGCAGAUGAUCGAGCAGAACGUGCUACAGGACCGCGUCGAGAUGCUCGGCCCGAUCCGGCACGAGGAGGUCCGCGACGUCAUGGUGCGGGGCCACAUCUACCUGCACCCGUCCCUCACCGAGGCCUUCGGCACCGUCAUCGUCGAGGCCGCCAGCUGCGGCCUGUACGUGGUCUGCACCCAGGUCGGCGGCAUCCCCGAGGUGCUGCCCUCGCACAUGACCGUCUUCGCCAAGCCCGAGGAGGACGACCUCGUCGCGGCCACCGGCAAGGCCAUCGCCGCCCUGCGCGCCAACAAGGUCCGCACCGAGCUGUUCCACGAGCAGGUCAAGAGCAUGUACUCGUGGACCAACGUGGCCAUGCGCACCGAGCGCGUCUACAACGGCAUCACGGGCGCCAUCAGCGAGGCCGAGUUCUACGGGUACGACGCCGCCAACGGCGCGGGGAGCUGGAGCGCCACCAGGGGCCGCUCCGGGGUCCAGAGCUUCGCGCUCAUCGACCGGCUCAAGAGGUACUACGGCUGCGGCAUCUGGGCCGGCAAGCUGUUUUGCCUGUGCGUGAUUGUGGAUUACCUCAUCUUCCUGGCCCUCGAGCUCUUGUUUCCGAGGGACAAGAUCGACAUAUGCCCGGACUGGCCGAGGAAAGAACGGAAGGCGGAUGGGAAGGACGCCGGGUGACUGGCGACUGGUGACUGGGCGCGAAUAUAAAGAAAGCAUGUCACCCUGUUCUGUAUAUAAUAACUUUUCAGAAACGUUGUAUGGCAAGAUAAUUGAAGCACGCGAUGAGUUACGACGCUUAAGAACUGUCACUCGUAUGUACAUUGCGAAACUGCAAAAGCG